AUGCCCUGGCAGCUCUCUGCAGCGGUAGUGUUCUUCGUGUCCCUGGCUGUGAUUUUGCAUUAUGGCAGUCAAAUAAGAGCUAAAGUGUUCCCAGAGACUGCAGACUAUCAGCCUACAACCGCAACAACAGUGCAGGCCAUAGCAAAACCUUUCCUACAACCAACUAACCAAGUACCUCCCAAAACUUCAGCAGUAAGAUCAACAAAUGGUCAUGUCACCUCUCAGAGAGCUGCCACAACCUCCAGCUCUGAACCCCCAAUCACACACACAACAAUAAGAACUCUAGUAACAACUUCCUUGGAAACUAUAAACAGUACCCCAUCUACCAGCACCACAGUCCACACCUUAGUCACAACCCCGGCCACACCCAAUAACUCACACACAGCUGCUCCAGGCACUGAGGCCUCCAUUGGCUACAGGGCAGCGCCAGGUUCACUGCCAACCACCAUCACCCCACCAGCCCAUACAACAGGAAACAGCCCCACAACUAGGAAAACCACCCAACCCAGUAACCAGACCACCCUUCCAGCAAUGUUGUCCACCUCACCACAUAACAGCACAACUAGUCAGAAGUCUACUCAACCCAUGCACACCUCAGGAGCCACCACAGCUGCACACAAUACCACCCAAACAGCCUCACCUGCCACCAUGGCUCCUGGGCCCACUCUGGCACCUCAGCCUUCAUCAGCCAAGACCGGAAUUUAUCAAGUUCUGAAUGGAAGCAGGCUCUGUAUCAAAGCAGAGAUGGGGAUAGAGCUAACGGUUCAAGACACAGAGUCGGUUUUUUCAACUCAGAGAUACUUCAACAUCGACCCCAAUGCAACGCAGUCCUCCGGGAACUGUGGCUCUCGAAAAUCCAACCUUCUCUUGAAUUUCCACGGUGGAUUUGUGAAUCUCACAUUUACGAAGGAUGAAAACUCCUAUUAUAUCAGUGAAGUGAGAGCCUAUUUGACAGUCUCAAAUCCAGAGAAAAUUUACCAAGGAAUGAAAAGUGCUAUGGUGAUGUUUGAGACUGUGGUUGGGCAUUCCUUCAAGUGUGUGAGUGAGCAGAGCAUCCAGCUGUCAACCCAGCUUCAACUGAAAACAAUGAAUGUCCAAUUUCAAGCCUUUGAUUUUGAAGACGACCAAUUUGGAAAUGUUGACGAGUGUUCAUCUGACUACACAAUUGUGCUUCCUGUGAUUGGGGCCAUUGUGCUUGGUCUCUGCGCUGUGGGUUUGAUUGUCUAUGGAAUCCGCCUAAGACGUGAAUCAUCUGGAUACCAGAGAAUCUAA